AAUUACAAAUGGCAGCCGCUGUCCACUGUUUCAUUUGAUAUAUCUGAACGUUAGUUUAUGCAGAAAUUAAAGUGAAAUACGUGUAUUUUUUAAUUGAUAUUGAUGAAGAGCGACUGAAGAUAUAAUGGCGAAAUUGGUUGAUGUGUAUCGCCCUCCAAAACCUUUAGAUAGAAGGCAGUUGCCCCUUGUUGUGGAUGAAACAUUAACGAUGGUAAUGGACUUGAAAUCCAUGGGUCUUGUUUGUGAUAAUCGACAUAUAAAAGGCAAAGAGGUUGAGGAAUUCAUUCGCAAAAUGAGUAUACUUACUGAACUUCAGCUGAGUCUUGCUCUACACGUCACCAGAUCAGAUAUGCUGCAUGUUUUAAAUCAAGCUGUACCUUGUGUUGGAUGUAGAAGAAGCGUCGAGCGUCUAUAUUAUCAGCUGUUUAAGUAUGGCCAUCCCACGUUAGAUCCUAUAGUUGUAAAACCGGACGGAAUGAUAACAAUACGCGAAGAAAAGCAGACACCUCAAGUUCUUUGCAGUCUGUUUCACGCACAUAGUACACGCUUAAACAAUCUAGUUGACAGUCAAAUACGUCGCAACAAGAAAAGCCAUCGUUGUCUCUUACACUCGUUAGACUCGCAACGUAGCCGACCUAUUUCUUCCGUUUGGAAGGAGGUGUGGGAUUGCAUGCGACCUGAAUGUAAGAAGGACACUUGCAUUAUCGAAGCUAGUAGUUUACACACCACUUUGGAAACAUACUUGAGAAAACACAGAUUUUGCUGUGAAUGUCGAACCAAAGUUCUUAAAGCGUACACCUUACUAGUUGAAGAUCCUGAACCUACAAAAGAGAAAGGUUAUGUCCCUGCCUUGUACAGUGGAAUAGAGAAACGCUGCCUCCAGGAGAAACAUAUUCAUUUAAUGCCUAAGACUGAUUACAUAACCAAACUUAUUAGUCGAGCAGAACCUGAACUUUUAGGAAGUCGUAGAGAACGCCAUGCAAAAACCUUAGAAAUUGCUCAAGAAGAAGUUCUAACGUGCUUAGGCAUUUGUAUGUACGAAAGAUUGCAUCGUAUUUACAUGCGUAUGAAAGAGGAAGAGUGUACCUGCCAAGUGUUUGCCGCCGUUGCCGUUGACGCGCUGUGUCGUAGCUUCGAAACUACUGUAGAACGUAUACAGGGCGUUUCUCAGUUGGAAUUGCUCUACGCCGAACUAACCAAGGAGGAGCAGCAGAAGCAGAUCCGUAAAGAGCAGAAGAAACUCAAGCGCAAACGCAAAAAGGAACGUUUGGUGGAUCAGGACGGCAAGGAAAACUGUAACCAAUGCGAAAACGGUACCGAUUUUGAAGAUAAAGACGAUAUAGACAAAGACUGUUCGUGUUCAUCCGUGAAUGUGGAUAAGACGACCGAAUCGUUAAAUUGCAAACACUGUGGGGAUACAUGUAAUGGCAAAAAAGACGAUUUAGGAAGUAAAUAUAAAAACGUCUCAAACGGAAUAAAUCUAUUGGAAAAAAGUAAGUGUAAUAAUAGUGACGUUUGGCUAGACAACUGUAAAUGCAACAAUGAAAAAUUAGCGAGGAAAGCUGUUUAUAAUAAAUUUCAUAAUUAUCUACCGCCAAACGACUAUGUGAGAAAAGAACAUUGUUCCUCGAGCGAUCAUUCUCACGACUGUGGAUAUUCGUCAGAGAAUAACAACGGCUACUGUGAAACCGGUUCCUUAGCUUCUAGCUUGCCUAGUUCUCCUGAAGGCUCAGAAAUGGCAUGUUCUGACGGAUGUUGCCAGCCGGAACGCGAGUAUAACGCUUCUCCUAAAUUUACAUUCGGCAACGGACAACUUAGCCUACAAGAAAUGCUAGAGGACCGUUUUUAUUGUGAUAACGAUAGUGACUGUUACAUAACUGCCGAAGAAGUUAAAGAAUUUCAAAGCAACAAUAGACAAGUGUACGAAAAGCGCCAACAAUUACGCGAAACAUUGCAGAAGCGAUUUGCACAAUUGUGUGUAAAUGGACCCUUGCAAGUGCCUCGAAUGCUUGUACAAUCCAAGUACGCUUCAAACUAAGAAAGGUUAUGAAAUAUAACAGAGAAGGCUGAUGAUGGUUAUGGUUUAUUUCGUUUCCUUUUGUUUUUCUAUCUAAUGUACAAAUAUUUGAAAUUCUGUGUAAAAGUUUCAUUCACUUAUUAUUUUUUCUUUUUUUAAAAAGAUCGUUCUAUUUUUUUAACAGGUUUAUUGUAGUCACAUAUUGCAAAUGCAUAGCAGAUUUUUUAAAUGAC